CCAGGAACUGACGUCAGGGCACGCCCCUGGGCGAGCGGAAGCUCUUCCUGCUACAUGGUCAAAGUAAAUACGGCUCACCUGAAGCGCCGGAGGUACUUUCUGGGAAUCUGUGACUUAUAGCAACUGUGGGGAACUUGCCCAGGCCUCCGGGACACGGGUGAAGCCGGGAAUGGCAAGAUGCACUCAGUGGACUUUGAGGAUGUGGCUGUGAGGUUCACCUUUGAAGAAUGGGCUCUGCUGGACCCGUCCCAAAAGAGACUCUACCACGAUGUGAUGAAGGAGACCGUCAGGAACCUGGCCACCGUGGGGGGAAAAUUGAAAGACCAGAGCCCUGAAAAUGAGGAAACAAAGCAAGAGAGAAAUCCAAGAAGUCAUAUGGUGGAGAGACUCUAUGAGAGUAAAGAUCAUCAAUGUGAAGAAAAUGUCAUCCCAAUCCCAAAUCUCAGUCUCACAAAGGAAACCUGUAUCUGUGUAACACCGUGUAAAGGCAGCUUGUGUGGAAAAGUCCUCGUGCAUCCAACGUUCCUUAGUGGAGAGCCGAGAUCUCCUGUGCGGCAUAAGCCACAUGAGAGUAGGAAAUACGGAGAGAAGCCCUAUAAAUGUAAGGUGUGUGGUAAAGCAUUUGGUUAUCACCAGUGGCUUCAGAAACACGAACAGCAUCAUACUGAAGGAAUGCGCUACGGGUGUAAACAGUGUGGCAAAGCCUUCAGAUUUCUCAGUUCUUUUCAGACACAUGAAAGAAGUCAUAAAGAGAAACACUAUGAAUGUAAAGGAUGUGGCAAAGCCUUCUUUACUUCUGAAAGCUUUGAGAGACACUUGAGUGUACAUGCUACACAGAAACCUUAUCAGUGUAAAGAAUGUGAGAAAUCCUUUGUUUAUCUCUUAACGUUUAAAAUACACAUGAACACGCACAGUGGAGGGAAACACUACAAGUGUAAACACUGUGGAACAACUUUUUCGUACUACUCAGCAUUCAAACAACAUGAAAGGAGUCAUACUGGAGAGCAGCCUGAUGAAUAUAAUCAGUGUGGUAAGUCCUUCAGUGCUUCUACACAUUUGGGACAUACCGAGAAGAGUCACAAGAUGGGAAAGCCUUACAAGUGCACAGUAUGUGGCAAAGACUUUAAACAUUUCAGUAAUUUUCAAUUACAUAAGACAAUUCAUACUGGAGAGAAGGUUUACAAAUGCCAGGAGUGCGGGUACUCCUCUGUUUAUGUUCGGAAGCUUCAGUUACACAUGAGAGUGCACACUGGAGAUCGACCUUAUAAGUGCAAGGACUGUGGCAAGGCUUUCAGGACUUCACAUGACUGUCGAGAGCAUCAAAGUACACACACUGGAGAGAAACUGUAUAAAUGCAAACACUGCGAUAAGCCCUUCGGUUUUUCCAGUGCCCUUCGUAGGCAUUUAAGAACUCACACUGGAGAAAAACCCUAUGAAUGUAAACACUGUGGUAAGACUUUUGCUUCUUCUGGUAACUGCCAAAGACAUGAAAGAAAUCACACUGGGCAGAAACCCUAUGAAUGUAAACAAUGUGGUAAGACCUUCACCUCUCCCAGUUACCUCCGAAUGCAUAUAAGAAUUCACACUGGAGAGAAGCCCUAUGAAUGUAAACAGUGUGGUAAGGCCUUUGCUUUUUGCAAUGCCCUCCAUGUGCAUGAAAGAACUCACACUAGACAAACCCUAUGAAUGUAAACAAUAUGGAAUGGCAUUUACUUUUUGUAUUGCUCUCCAAAUACAUGAAAGAACUCAGUCUGCUGAAGCCUGGUGAAUGUAAACAAUGUGGUAAGUUGUGUGCCUACUGCAGAGACCUCCAAAAGCAUGAAAGAACUCACGCUGAAAGCAAUCUUAUGAUAGGGAGCAGAAUAGAAGAUAAAAUAAGUGGGGAGGCCUUUUCAACUAGAUGGCAGUACAAGAUGGCGGGACAGAGGAGGAAGGAAAAGAGAUGAGGGGAAAAGAAUUGAAGGGGGAAAUUUAUGAAAAUAGAACUUUUAUAAGUGGAAAGGGGUCCAGGAGUUGAACAGGCCAAGACAGAAGCAGUAAUAGAUGAAAAAUAAAGGAUUUUCAAUGUGUUACAUGCAUGUACUGACUCUGCAUAAUAAAUGUAAUCAUUAUAUACUGCAAAUAUGAACUAAUAAAAAAUUUUAAAGAAAAACCUUAUAAAUAUAGACAA